CUCAUCAACUUCCUGUUGUUCCAGGCGUUUAUUCUGUACAUCCACUACAUGCGCGAAAACGCUGAGCGACGACUAUACACACUUCGAGAUCAGCUAAAAAUCCAGUUCCGAGCGACGCAAAAGGCGCAGGUGAACGAGCGAAAGGCGGCGGACUCGAAGCGGCGGCUCACCUGA